AUGGCAUCGACGAACCUUGACGAGAAGACCACCAUAUCUGAAGACAUCAAUAUUUCAGGGUCACCAAAUGUCGCGCCAGAAAGCCUCGAUGACAACUAUGGGCUCUAUAAGAGCACCCGAGAUGUUGAACUUGACCCUACUGAAGCCAGAAAGGUCCUGAAGAAGAUCGAUCUACGCGUUCUGUCUAUCCUCAUGGUCACAUACGUCUUGCAAUACCUAGAUAAGAACUGUGUCAAUAUCGCAAGUGUUUACGGCCUGAAGAAGGACACGCACCUCAAAGGACAGGAUUAUUCAUGGCUGAAAGCAUACUAUAGCACUAUCGGCAUAGCCACUAUGUUUAGCGGGCUUAUUGGCUAUGCGGUUGGUCACGUUAAUACUGGACUUUCCAAGUGGCAAUAUAUCUUCUUGAUAUUUGGUGCCAUCACAAUUUCCUGGGGUAUCCUGAUUCUUUUCCUACUCCCCGACAGCCCCUCCACGACACGCUUCCUGUCCACAAGAGAGCGUGCCGUCGCAGUAGAGCGUGUAGCCGCCAAUAGACAGGGGAUUAAGAACCGAACUUUCAAAAUGUAUCAGGCGAAGCAAAUGAUUCUGGAUCCGAAGACGUGGAUCCUGUUUAUCAUGGCCUUGUCAAGCCAGAUUCCUACGGCUGCCGUGACAAGUUUCGCCAGCAUCAACAUCGCUAGUUUUGGUUUUGAUACACUGGGCACUCAGUACAUGCUUAUUCCUGGCGGAGCGGUGCAAUUAUUUGGAAUGCUUCUCGGAGGCUGGGUUGCGACGAGGUGGCCUGGGACGCGAUGUGCGGUAAUGGUUGUGGCAAAUACGAUUUGUAUCAUUGGAUCAGGUCUACUGGUUGGGUUACCAGCCGAUAAUAAGCUCAACCCGAAACUGAUACCUACAGUGGGGCCGCCUCGUUGCUCUUUGGCUUUGCUACUCCCAAAACCUGGGUUUCAGCAUGAGUCUCACCGUGAUAUCUUCGAACGUAGCCGGCUACACAAAGAAACAGCUUACAGCUGCAGUAAUAUUCAUCGGAUGGUGCGCAGGCAAUAUUGCGGCCCGCAGACGUUCAUCACGGAAGAAGCCCCGGGAUAUCAUACGGCGUAUUUAGCAAUGUUGAUCGCGUAUAGCAUCAAGCUAGUGAUGGUCUUCGUUCUGUAUAUUCACAUGUAUAUGUUCAACCGCAAAAGAGAUAGGGAACAAGCAGCGACGCCUUUUGAAGAGAAAGAGGCCAUCGAGUUGGGGAUGCAUGAUGCGACUGAGUUCGAUAACAAAGGCUUUAGAUACAUCUUGUAG